GGUGAAGAGAAGAUGGUGCUUAUCAAGGAAUACCGCGUGGUCCUGCCCUGCUCCGUGGAGGAGUACCAAGUAGGGCAGCUGUUCUCCGUGGCUGAGGCCAGCAAGAAUGAGACGGGCGGGGGAGAGGGCAUCGAGGUGCUGAAGAACGAGCCCUACGAGGAGGGGGGGGAGAAGGGCCAAUACACGCAUAAAAUCUACCAUCUAAAGAGUAAAGUUCCUGCGUUCGUGAAGAUGAUCGCACCAGAAGGAGCUCUGGUCUUCCAUGAAAAGGCCUGGAACGCCUACCCCUACUGUCGAACCAUUGUGACGAAUGAGUACAUGAAAGAUGACUUCUUCAUUAAGAUCGAGACGUGGCACAAACCUGACAUGGGAACACUCGAAAACGUUCACGAGCUGGAUGCGGCCACGUGGAAGAGCGUAAUGGUGGUGCCGAUCGACAUCGCCGAUAAAGAGCCGAUUGCUGCUAGCGACUACAAGGAGGAUGAGGACCCGGCGUUGUUCAAGUCGGUGAAGACCGGCAGGGGCCCCCUGGGGCCCAACUGGAAGGAAGAGCUGCAGAACACGCCCGAAUGCCCGCACAUGUGCGCCUACAAACUCGUCACCGUCAAGUUCAAGUGGUGGGGCCUGCAGAGCAAAAUAGAGAAUUUCAUCCAUCAGCAAGAGAAGAGAAUCUUCACCAACUUCCACCGGCAGCUGUUCUGCUGGAUCGACGGCUGGGUGGAGCUCACCAUGGAGGACAUCCGACGCAUGGAGGACGAGACGCAGAAGGAGUUGGAGGAGAUGCGUAAGAAGGGCACCGUGCGGGGCACGACGGCUGCUGAGGAGUAGCCCCGCCCACUGUAGCUCAGGGGCCCACAGACUUCGUAAAUCAGGUCAGGUUCGAGGCACCAGUGCUGCGAACGAGCAGUGAGGCAUAAAAAGCAGAGAGAUAGGAAAACGACCCCAAACCCUGACCCCACGGCAACGACGAAAAACCCAACCACAGCGACGGCAGAGACAGCGCAGAAAGAGCGGCCAUGUUUCUGGCUGCUUUCCCUUUCCUCACGGAGUCUGGGGGCUGUGUUUCAUCAACAGUACUGUACCCAACCUCAGCGGAAGGUCCCAUUGACACAAAAAUGCAUUGUAUAAAAAUAAAGUAUUUUUUAGAAUAUAUGCGCACUUGCUGCAGAUAGUGUAAAUAGCCUGUGCUACACCAGUUUCCUGCAACAGCGAAAAAACAUUUAGAAAAGAAACCCUUUUAGAAAAGCCUCACUCAUGGAUGUCAUAGAAAACCAUUUACCAAAACGAACCUUAAUUGGCACGAUAUCAUCUUGACAGGUAUUGGACCAAUUCCUUUCUCAGUUUUGUUUUCCAAUGAGUUCAUGUUAAUUGUUGAGUUUGUGUGUUCAUGGCUGUUCAAAUAUUUUAUUUUCUUUCUUUUUUUCGGUUUGUUUUCGUGUGGUUAUUGUCCCCGGACAGAAUGUGUCUGAAUGGUUUCCCAAACUGACAUUAGCCCUGCCCACGUCUCAUCCCAUGGUGACGCACAGGCAGGUAGAAUUGCUUGAAAGCCGUUUCAAACCGGAUUUUAUUUUAACUUAUAACUUCUGUUCCUUACUGCCGUCCUUCACUGUCUUACAUUAUAAGAUUUUGAUUAUUAUAUGUUAUAAUUAUACAACAGAGACCCCCCCCCCCCCUCCCAGAGAGGGCAGUCUGAAUGCUUUUCAGCGGAAGAGACUUGGGGGCGGUGGGCAUACUGCAAACUUGGGGUUCUGCAUGUUUACAGGUGAAGAUUUAACCCCCACGCCCAGCACCAUCACCCCUGUCUCUGCAGGACAUAACCACACACCCACCCCUCCUGUCCUCCACCCCACCCCCGCUUGUUGAAACUAGAACAAUCUGGGUCUGCUGACCCCCAAAUCCCCACCCCAGAUCGACUGGUGGGGCAUGGCCAUUUUAGCAUCUUUACAGUGUAUUUAUUAUCCUCAUUUUUCUGUGUAAGGAAAGCGCACUCUGCUGGGCCGCACUGUGGGACUGCCCAGCUGCGCUGCGGAAUACAUUUUUCUAAGCUAGCUCCUCUCUUCCUGGACUCCCGGAGGACGUUUUCCGCCUUCAGACUGACGAGGUGUCGUUUCGGGGAAUGCAGGGCGAUGCGGUUUGGAGUACACGCAUGUCUCCUCGGUUUUUUUUCCCCCCUUCUUUGGCUAGGCGUUGAUCGAUCAUGCAGUGGUCAGAGUGCACUUGUUAACUGUCGCGCGUUUGUGUUUUAUUUUUCCCCACCCCCCCGUUUCCUUUUUAAAGAUUUGUUCAGGCGUGUUGGCCGCGGACUGAGAAGGCGCACACACAAUGACUCGCUCUCGAGCCAGCGAGGAAGAGCGUCGCCCUCAGACCUGGGACAAAUACGCUAAUUGUUUUGGAUUCAAGCGCUUUUCUCUGCCUUUACUGAGCUUCUCUGGUGUAUUCGGAACCAAUGAAAUGCUCUUGAAAUGUUCGUCCGGUUCUUCUGGUUGGCUCAGUCGCACCAGGCAUGAUCAGCCGAGCACAGAAAAGUAUUUGAAUCCCGAACGAUGACGUGUUCGACGCAGGUCUGCUCGGUGUCCGAGGUGCUUUAACCACAGCCGCAGUCUGGAUUGUCAUGGUAGCGCACAAAACGGAGAAGAGAAAAAAAUAAAAAUGGUUAAACCUGGCUCUGAUUCGCUGGCUCUACAUUCUCAAAUCGAGUGUGGCGUUUUCUCUUGGUCGAAAUUUGUCGCUUAAAAAUAACAGUGCUGGCCAAUCUAAAAGAAAAUGUAUAUGUAGGCACGAUGCAGAAUUAAUCAAACUCACGCCAAAAGGGCUAUCUUGGUGGUUACUCCGCCCUCCACCACCACACCCUCCCUCGCAGAAUUGCUCUGUUUCACCAGCAGGGCGGCGACAACAGUAGAGAACAGUACUCUACAUGCACUUCAUCAGCCUCUGCUACGGUCUGAUACCAUCAACAGUGCAAAAGAGCGCGCUAUUCUGUUUGAAUUACUCCAAAUGUUUUUUUUUUUUCUUUUAAAAGUUUAAAUCUUGUCAUUUAUUUUCUAAAACUAGCUCGAUCAAUGAAUGAGGUCUGUUUGGUGUAAAAACCUCACGAGGUGCUACACAGGAAUGCUAUUUUAUCCUCACCGUAUAGUUAACUCUUUUACUUGCAACAGUUGGGUUUGGUGUAUAAGGGG